UAGAGAGUUUCGCUAGCUCUGUAUCUGCUCAUGCUGUUAAUGUUUAAUAAUAUUGUUGCGAUCCAUUGUUAUUGUUUUGAUUUUAGUAAUGACUGAUCCGAAUCCAUCAGGUUCCGUUCCAAAAAAACGAGUUUUUAUUCAUCGCCAAGCACGAGAGAUGGCGAAAAAUGUUUUAGACAUGUGUAUUGAAGAAAGACAGAACAAACAUUUGAUAUUUAAUUUAAAUAAUGCUUUCGAUCGAGCAAGCCGUUAUACCGGACUUUCGAAAAGAACACUGGCUGCAAUUCAGAAUGAAGCCAAAAAAGGGCCUCUUUGUACUCCUUCUAAAAAGAAAAGGCCAUGUAACAAAAAGAACAAUUUAAAUGUAGAUGAUUUUGAUCGAAAUGUUAUACGCAGAAUCAUCGAAGAAUUUUAUUUAACUAAAAAAAUAUUUCCAACUUGCAUUGAACUCCUGGCAGCUAUUCGGGAGAAAAUCGAGUUUCCAUGGAGAGCGACCAGUUUAAGAAAAUUGUUAAAAGAGAUGGGAUAUAAGUGGCAUAAACGCAGAAUUCUGGUAGAAAGGCCAGCUGUUGCAUGUGCACGGUCAAAUUAUUUGCGAAAAAUUCGUCAAUACAGGCAAGACAAUAGAAAUAUUUUUUUUUUGGAUGAGACAUGGAUAGAUAAGAACCUCACUUUUAAAAAAUGUUGGAGAAAUGAAAUGAUCGACACAGUGUUAACAGAUACAAGCUCCACAUACAGGCUCAUUCUUGUUCACGCAGGAACAAGAGGGGGGUUUAUAAAUGGGGCAAAACUACUUUUUAAAGCUGGUACUACCUUAGGUGAUUAUCAAGGACAGAUGAACAGUAUUCAUUUUGAGAAGUGGGCGACUGAAAUAUUAAUCCCUAAUCUACCACAAAACAGUGUUAUUGUGAUGGACAACACACCAUAUUACAUUGUACAAGAAAAUAGAGUCCCAACAUUGUCCAGCACCAAAACAAUAAUGUUAGAAUGGUUAACAAAGAACAAUGUGGAAACUUCACUUACGAUGAGUAAAGAUCAGCUCUUUCGUUUGGUUCAGUUACAUAAACCUACAGAAAAAUCAUUUAAAAUUGAUGAAUUCAUCAGAAGUCAUGGCCAUGUUGUGGUAACACUACCACCGUACAUGUGCAACCUCAACCCAAUUGAGUUGGCUUGGGCAAAAGUAAAACGAAUAGUAAAGAAUCACAAUGUCACUUCCAAUCUAUCCCUGAGCAGGUUAAAAGAAGUUACGGAGCUGGCACUCACUCAGGUCACAGAGGAAGAUUGGUGUGCCUUCAAUGAUCACAUCAUCAUUUUAGAAGAAAACUAUUGGCAAAGAGAUGGAUUACUUGAAGAUACCAUAGAUCUAUUUGUAACUAAGGUCAGCGACUGUGAGGAUAGUGACACCAAGUCAAACAUGUCUGAAUCUGAUGAUAAUUAACUUUAAAUGUUUUUAUGAACAAAUUAUAAUAAUAAUAUUGACAUACUUUUACACAAAUAUUCCCCAAACUAGGCAUAGCCUGUACUAUGGGUACAAAACAAGAAUAUAUUUUAUACAAUAAAGUAAACAUACAUAUAAACAUUCAUGACUUGGAAACAAACAUCCAUAUUCAUCAUAUAAAUGAUUACACCUACCUGAAUGUGAAUCCGGGACCUCUAGCUUAGUAGUCAGAGUGAAAAAACCAUUUUAACCUAGUGUAAAAUGGUAAACAUUGUUUAAAUUUGUCACCCUCAUUAUGCUCAUCAAACAUAAUUAUAAUAAGGUCACAACACUAUUGCAACACUGAACCUGCAUUCAACUCAUAGUCUAUCUGAACAUAUUUUUUGGCUAUUUGCCGCUAGAUUUUUAUUGGGUAGCAACUAGCAAAUGUAAAAUAUUGUAAUUAAUUAAAAUGUCAAAAACCAAAUCAUGAAAACAAUAAAAAUAAUGGGUACUUAUAUUUCCAGGGUAACUAUAUAGUUAAUCAUAGUUAGCUAAGCUAAAAAUUAGUAAUUUAAGUUAUAUUACCAAAGUUAUCAAUUUUCUUAGUCUGUGAGACCAGAAUACUUGUAAAAUUAAAGUUACUUAAUUUGUA